CAGAGCAAUCGUCUAUUUUCCUUUUCUUUUCGUGCGUCAACGCUUUUCAAAAAGGCAGGUUAGAUUUAACUCUCUCUAAUUUUCCCUGAUUUUCUCCUAAAAUAGCAGAAAAUGCCUUCCGUAACCCUCAAGGACGUGGACCAACACAAGUUUGUCAAAGCAUUCUCCCAGUUUUUAAAAAAAACUGGUAAGCUCCGUGUGCCAGAAUGGGUAGAUCUGGUAAAGACAUCCAGAGCUAAGGAAUUGGCUCCUUACGAUGCUGACUGGUACUAUGUACGUUGUGCUGCAGUUCUCAGACACAUCUACAUCCGGUCUCCAAUUGGUGUCGGCUCUGUGACCAAAAUCUUUGGUACCCGUAAACGCAAUGGAACUAAACCUUCCCACUUCUGCAGGUCAGCUGGAAAUAUUGCCCGCAAAACUUUACAGAGUUUAGAAGCUCUUAAGUUGAUUGAAAAGUCAGCUGAUGGUGGAAGAAAACUCACCCAGCAAGGCAGGAGGGAUGUUGACAGAAUUGCUGCCCAAGUUAAGGCUAAAGAAAGAAAAGCACUAAGAGCUAGUGCAGUUUUGACUUUGUAAUAAGAUUAUUUUUAUGUUUUAAUUUAAUAAAAUAUUCAAAAAUCUAUAUUAAA